GCGUGGUAUCUAGUAUUAAAUCAGGCAGAUCAGCCUCCCCGCCCCCCAUGCCAUGCAGGGGCGGCUGGCUGAGAAGCAGCAGGCUGGGCGGCCAGAUGGGCUAAGCCCUGGAGGCUUGCCUGCGGCAGUUGUUCAAAAUCCGUGUGUGGCCUCCGGCACAGACGCACCCGAGAUGCCGCCUCUUUCCAGACUGAUGUGCUUGUUUUGCCUGAUGGUCCUGGUGGAGAGCAGAAAGCCCGCACCAAGGAGAUGGCCAAGGCAGCUGGACACGAGAAGUCACCCGUACAAGAAGCACCCAGAUGUGACCAAGUCCCGCCCAGGAAAGCCCCAGCCCCUCCUGAGAGUGGACAGCCACGACUUCACCAUGAGGCCCGCCUUUGGAGGCCCAGCCAUCCCCGUAGGCGUGGACGUGCAGGUGGAGAGCCUGGACAGUAUCUCGGAGGUGGACAUGGACUUCACCAUGACGCUGUACCUGCGGCACUACUGGAAGGACGAGCGGCUGGCCUUCCGCAGCUCCAGCAACAAGAGCAUGACCUUCGACGGGCGGCUGGUGAAGAAGAUCUGGGUGCCCGACGUGUUCUUCGUGCACUCCAAGCGCUCCUUCAUCCACGACACCACCACGGACAACGUGAUGCUGAGGGUGUUCCCUGAUGGCCACGUGCUCUACAGCCUCAGGUAUCACCACGGUGCUGACCAUGUCCACCAUCAUCACGGGCGUGAAUGCCUCCAUGCCCCGCGUCUCCUACAUCAAGGCGGUGGACAUCUAUCUGUGGGUCAGCUUCGUGUUCGUGUUCCUCUCGGUGCUGGAGUAUGCGGCCGUCAACUACCUGACCACGGUGCAGGAGCGCAAAGAGCGGAAGCGUCGAGACAAGUUGCCCUGCGCGUGUGGGAUCCUUCCGUCCAGAACCAUGAUGCUGGAUGGGAGCUACAGCGAGUCCGAGGCCAACAGCCUGGCGGGGUACCCGAGGGGCCCGAUUCUGACGGAGGAAGAAAGGCAAGACAAAAUCGUGGUGCACCUAGCCCUGGCCAGCGAGUCUGGCUCCUCCAGGAAGAAGGGGCCGCUGAGGGGCCAGAGGGGGCUUCGCAUCUUCCAGAACACCCACGCCAUCGACAAGUACUCCAGGCUCAUUUUCCCUGCCACCUUUAUCUUUUUCAACUUAAUUUAUUGGUCAGUGUUUUCCUAGGGGGCCUGAAGAACCUGCUGAGGGAUGCCCUGACCCCUCACCCUUGCAAGCAGCGCCCCCUCUCACUGGGGAGCCUGGGGGGCUCCAGCUGCCUCACCUCAACCUCCGUGGGCUAGCUUCCUCCCCCCUCAUGCCUCUGUCCUUACAUGUGCGCAGUUUCAGGAAAGUGCCCCCCUCCCCCUACUUAGUAAGGGUAAGAACCCAACGCCUCCGGCUUCCAGGGCCCUUCUGAAGCUGCCAGAGUUCAGCUGGAAGUGGGAAGUGAAGGAAACGUUGAGGGGGGAAGGGUUCGGGAGAGAGGAUCAUGGGAAUUAGGAUUCAAAGGAGGCGGAGAAGGAGGUAAAGGAGGACGAUGAGGAGAAGGACAGGGAGGAGGACAAGAAGGAGGAGAAGGAGAAAGAGAAGGAGAAGAAGGAGGAGCAGAAGCUGUUUAUCUCCUAGGCGGGAAAUAAUUUGACCCGUGUAUCAGCUGGAGUCAUUUUGUAUUAGGCCACAUCAUCCUUUCAUCAACCACUCACAAUUACUAGCACCACAACCCCCCACAACAUACACACACACACACACACACACACACACACACACAUACACACACAACAGACACUGGGUAAUUGACAAAUAGGUGUCUCUUUCCAAAACGUCUCUAAACCUCCAUUCAGUCUGGCUGUCUCUCUGAGCAGACAGAAGGAUGCAAAGCCCUGGAGAGAUUCAGGCUGCCUUCUUGAUGCUGCUGACUAAGCACAGAGAGAGAGCCCAGGACAGCAUCACUUUGCCGGCUUCCCCAACCAAGGCCAGGGAACAUUUCUGAAGGAACAGAGGAAGGACAGGAGUGACACGGAUGCCUGUGGGGAGGAUCAGGAGAUGCAGAGAGAUGAGUCUGCAGUGCAGUGGGCAGAAAAACCCCAUUAGUGUCGAUUUUGGAUCAGUAUUUCUGGGUCAUGAGUUUCUGUUCUGUUAUUGUUCAUUUAGGGCCACACCCAGUAGUGCUGGGACCUACUGUGCUUAGGGACCAUUAGGUACCUGGGCUUGAACCCACGUUGAUCACCAGCAAGGCAAAUGCCUUAACCUCUAUACUGUCUUCCAGUUCCAUCAUUUCUAGUGUAAAAUGAGGGACCGAGUCAGUGAAGGGCUAGCACUGAAAUCCAUCUUGACACCAGCUGACAUAGCCCAUUUCUCCUCUCAGACCUGUGUCUCAAGAAGCUUGAGGUGAUGAGCACGAAGCAAUAUGGGGGUGGAGUUCCAAACACAGUCCCCACCCUAGCUAAGUUUCUCCCCGAGUGCCUGUUCCAGUCUCUCUAGGCCUCCCAUUCUAGUCUCAUGCUGCUCCUCAUUCCCGUCUCCUCCUGUCUCUCUCGCUCAUCUCUCAUCUCUACGUUCCCUCUUGCAUCCUGGCUCUCUCUCUCCACGUGCCUGCUCCUGUAUUCUUCUUCGAUAUUCUUCUCUCUCUGUCCCCCUAGCUAGUCUCUCCAUGCUCUAUCUUGCUGCCCUACUCUCUCUCUCUC